AUGCACGGGGGCCGCGCCGCCGCCUGCCUCCUGCCACUGCUGCUGGCCACCGGGGCCGCCGGUGACGAGACGUGCGGCGCGGGCGAGUGUGGCGCCGACGAGGCCGCCCUCUUGGCGCGCAAGGCGGACGUCCACAAACACGGACAGGGCGCAAACGCAACGGGCACGAUAUGCGACGCCACCGACGUGCCAGGCCCGAUGGCAAAAGGGUGCAGCUGGAUGAAGACUCCUCCCGGACACGACUGCGCACAAGCCACCGAGGGGGCGUGCAUGCGCCGGGACUACAACCUGUACAGUAACGGCUGCCCGAUUUGUCAGCCGAGCCCGUGCACCAAGCGCUACUGCUUCCACAUCGUUGACUUGCCGGGCAACAGUUGCCAGUUGAUGUACAACAGCGGGGACGAUCGCCAGCAGCAGACGCCCAGCGCUACCGACUGCCGCAAUGCCAACCAAGCAAUUUGCCCGCGCCUCCUGCCGCUAGGGCGCCCAGGGGCGCCGGGGCCGCCGCGCCCCGUCGGCCCAUGGCGCGGGCGGGAGCUCCGCCCGCGCGCCCGAGCCGGCGGCGGCGCCCGGGCCGAGUGCGGCGCCCGGCGGGCCGAGAUCGCCCGGCGGCUGGGGGAGGUGGAGCGCGCGCUGGAGGCGCCGGCGCCGGCGGGCGCGGCGCGUGCAGGUUCUCGCGCGGGCGCGCUGGCCCUGGCCCUUCAGAGGGUGACCGGCUUCUGCACAGCCGCGAGGGCUCUGAGGACGCUGGACGACCACGAGGCGCCCUGCGCGGAGUACGCCGAGUUCCUGGCGCAGCUUGCGCUGUACAGGGAGGGGCUGGCGCGGCUGUGCCGCGGCCUUGGGGCAGCGGGGGCGGUCGAGGAGUGCGCAGAGCCCGCCGCCCGGCCGAGGUCCUGGUCGGCCGCAUCGACCACGUGUUCGGCCGUCUCGGCCAACUCGUCCGAGGAUGAGGCCACGGCGUUGAGGCCGAGGUCCUGUUCGACCGCCUCGACCACGUGCUCGGCCAGCUCGUCCGAGGGCGAGGUUGGGGCGCCGAGCGACUGCGACGACGCCGAUCCAGCAUGGCAGAGUCGGACCAGGACGUGGCUGACAUGGGGUCCGUUCAGCAUCCAUCCUGGCAUGGCGGACAUGAUCCAUCUCUUUUGA